AUGGCGACUGCAAAGGCUGACAUUCCACAGGCGGCCGGCAAGGCCCCUACCACACGUCCAUCCAUGGGCGACCAGAAGCUUACGGACAGCAACGUCCCCUCGAUUGCUCCCGACAAUGCGUGCGACGAGCCCUCGCCGUACGCGCCCGGCGGUGAGGGUCACAAGGCGAUCGCCACCGACCCGGCCACGGGCGAAGGCUACGACAAGGUGUACGGUGUUCGUCCCAAGACGACGUGGCACCUCAAGCCCGCAUCGGAGCGUACGCUGUGGGAGUUUAUCGCAUCCAUCGACAUCGCUCCCGACGUGUGCUACGCCAAGCGCGACGCCUCCGAGAAGCUGCGUGGCCCGCCCCCCACCCAGCCGAUCUGGAAGGAGAACGUGUUCAUCCUUACGACCGCGUCGGUGGCACCUCUGCUGCACACGGCGUGGAACUACACCUUCCCGAACCACCCCAUGCACUGGGCACCCGCGUGGAUCAUGUACCACACCGCCUUCAUCGGGUUCGCCGUGCGCAUGAUCCGACGUCUGCACAAGUACAUGGCCGAAUACGGCACGCUCGACGAGCAGAACCGCGGCCGCGACCUUGUCGACGACAAGCACGUCAACCACCUCGGCCAGAGCAUCUUUAUCUACACCAUCUUCCGCACGCUUGCGCCGUUCAUGCUCGCAUGGCGCGGUGACAUGACCAACGUCUUCGAGGGUCUCUCCUGGGCCACCCCGCUCAAGAUCGGAUGGUGGGAAAUCGCUCUCGACUACUGGUUCUACCUCUACCACCGCUCCUGCCACGAGUACGACUUCCUCUGGUUCAUCCACAGACAGCACCACGCCACCAAGCAUCCGACGCCAAUCCUGUCCAUUCUCGCAGAGGACUACCAGGAGGUGCUCGAGAUCUUCAUCGUUCCCUUCCUCGCAACCGCCAUCUCGCCCAAGAUGAACUUUAUCGAGAUGUGGUUGGUCGUUUGCUACACGCUCUACGUCGAGGCUCUUGGCCACUCGGGUAUCCGGGCUUACUGGGCACACCCUGUGCUUGGUCGAGUGCUGGCUCCGUUUGGCAUGGAGCUGACUGUCGAGGACCACUCCAACCACCACCUCUACGGAAAGGCCGGUAUGAACUACGGAAAGCAGACGCGUGUCUGGGACCGCCUCUUCGGCACCGUCGACCCCCGACGAGAGACCAUGGAGGUCGGCAUCUUCGGAUCCUAG